AGAAAAAGGAAAAAAGGUCCUCAAUUUUUAUUCAUUGCGUCUGUAAUCUACACCACUGCCUUAUUGUUGCUAUAUUAUAUCCUUUCUGCGCCUUUGCUGCUCUCUCUCGAAGCCUCCAUAGCUCCUUGUCCUUAAAACCCUCUUCUAGGGUUUGGGCUAGGGUUUUCCGCCUUCCCAUAGUCCGUGCUCUUCAGGUGUUUACUAGUCACUAGAUCUCCCUGUAAUUUUAGGUUUUUCUUUUCUGGGUUGCUUCUUCAAUUUUCUCUUCCUUAGAGAGGCCGUCCUCUUAUUCCGAUCUCGAUCUACUUCUUGCAUAAAUGGAUGCCCGCAAGAGAGCGAGGGUUGAAGGUGGACCCAAUGUUAAUGGCGGUUCCAAAAAGUCCAAGCAAGAAAUGGACUCCUUAUCAUCUGCUGUAGGAAGCAAAUCGAAGCCAUGUACCAAGUUUUUCAGCACCUCUGGCUGCCCGUUUGGUGAGAGCUGCCACUUCUUGCACUAUGUUCCUGGUGGUUACAAUGCUGUUGCCCAUAUGAUGAAUUUGGCACCAGCAGUGCCUCCAGCAUCUAGAAAUAUUGUUGCCCCACCACCUGUCCCUAAUGGGGCUGCACCACCCACUGUUAAAACCCGCAUGUGCAACAAAUAUAAUACUGCUGAAGGCUGCAAGUUUGGUGACAAGUGUCACUUUGCCCAUGGUGAAUGGGAACUUGGUAAGCAUAUUGCUACAUCAGUGGAUGAUCAUCGUACCAUGGGACCUAUUUCUGGCCGUUCAGCUGCUCGAGUGGAGCCUCCUCCAGGUCCUGUUGCUAGUUUUGGUGCCAAUGCUACUGCUAAGAUCAGUGUUGAAGCUUCAUUAGCUGGAGCUAUCAUAGGGAAGGGGGGUGUGAACUCCAAGCAGAUCUGCCGCCAAACAGGAGCCAAACUCUCAAUUCGGGAUCAUGAGUCAGAUCCAAAUCUUAGGAACAUCGAACUUGAAGGUAGUUUUGAGCAAAUUAAGAAUGCGAGCAACAUGGUAAGAGAGUUGCUGGUGACAUUAUCAAUGUCGGCACCACCUAAAACUCAUGGCGUUCCAGGAGCCCCAGGCUCUCAUGGAAGUAACUUUAAGACAAAGCUCUGUGAGAAUUUUGCCAAAGGAUCUUGCACCUUUGGAGAAAGAUGUCACUUUGCACAUGGGGCUGCUGAAUUACGUAAAGCAGGAGUAUGAAUUUCACUGUGGUUGGAUACGGUUUAUCUCCCCCCCCCCCCCCCCCCCGGGGUAUUAGGCCAUUGUUGUGCAUUGCGAAUUGGUGCUACUGACUGAACCUCCCAUAUUAGGGUUUUUCUCCCGACUUCUUUUUUCGGCCUUUCUAGUUGCAAAUUUUCCAUUAUCUUUGCUUUUUAGCCUUCGUUUUAUUUGUUUUGUUAGUCUCUAGUGUUUGGUGGACCGGUCGAAUCUAAUAUGUGAUAAUUCGCUCUCUGCAUUUAUGAAAAUGAAAUUAAGGGCUCGAGCUA